AUGACGAGCCCGUACAUCGUCUCGCGCCCGAUUUACGGGUGCCCGCUUUCGCAGGGGCUCCCAGUGGCGUUCGCGUCCCUGCCCCCCCCGGGGGCCCCCCUGGGCGCCCCGGGGGCCCCCCGGGGCCCCCCGGGGGCCCCCCUGCUGACUGGGCUGCGGAGCAGCGCAGGGUACGGCGGGGGCCCCCCCCCUUCCCUGGGGCCUGCGCUGCUGGUUCCGCGCGCGGCCGGGCCGCCCGCAGCAGCGCAGAGCAGCAGCAGCAGCAGCAGCAGCUGGGAGCAGCUGUCGAGCCUGCGGGGCAGCCCGGGAGUGAUAAUGCUGCUGCUGCAGCUGCUGCUCACGAGCUCGCUGUUCGCCUGUGUGGGGCGCUGCGACUUCAACUUCGGGGUGUACCUGGUGGGGUACCACGUGUGGUGUAUGGACAGCUGCUGCGCAAGUCGCGCGGCGCUGCGGCGGCUGCUGCGCGCCGCGCGGCACUUCGCCGUGCUGCUGUCUUUGGCUUCUUUUGCAGACAUUUUAUUUCUUUUUGUUUCUUUUUCCACUUGGAUUUGCGAGCAGCAAAGCCCGCGCCUCUGUUUCCCGGAGCCGCGCGACCUCCAGGUCCGCUGGGCCCACAGGGCCCACGCCUUCGCGCUCGGCCUCUCGCUCCUCAACCUCGUCCUCAAGGUGCUCGUUAUCUUUCUGAGCUUCUCGUGGGUGCAGCAACAGAGAAGAAUCCUGGGACUAUCGACCAGCAUGGGCACGGCGAUGUCGCCCCCGCAGGCGGCGCCUCUGACUAUGUGCGACUAA